CUCUGCAUCAUCGAUCGAGGGGGCAGCUGAUUUGCUCGUCUCGUGCGGGAUGUUCCCAGCAUCGUCGAAAAUAUUUACAUGCUACGCGCCGGGAGUAUGCGUGGCGACGUAAACAUAGCAUAGAAUUGAAGAACCAGUGGGGUGUCGUGCAUUUCACUAUUUUUCUCUCCUUGAAUAUAGGAAGGAAUUUAACGAAGCGAAGCGAAGCGAAACUCGGAGCGGCAUCGGGUCAGCUGUCAGAACUGUCAGAAGAAUUCGCGCAGCGCUUCGUUCUCCUGUCAUCGAUGUGGUGAGCUACUCUUCGGUGACAGGAGCAGCCACAAACUCGCCGGAACGGACGAGAGUCGUUCGGUCUUCGGGUGUGCAUAAAUGGCACUGCUAUUCACCAGCAUGUGGGACUCGACGAUGUUCCUGAGUACCCUAACCCCAAAGUUCUACGUCGCGCUCACCGGCACCUCGUCUCUCAUCUCCGGCCUGAUUCUCAUCUUCGAAUGGUGGUACUUCAGGAAGUACGGCACCUCGUUCAUCGAGCAGGUAUCCUUGAACCAUAUCUCGCCGUGGAUCGGCGGUGGGGACAGCGCUAAUGAUGGCAACAAUUCGAGCCUGAACGGCUCCGGGAGUUCCUCGAAUCAGCAGAAUGUGCCGGAGUGUAAGGUCUGGCGCAAUCCGAUUAAUCUGUUCAGAGGGGCGGAGUAUCAAAGAUUUUACUGGGCCACCAACAAGGAGCCUCUCACAUACUACGAUAUGAAUCUGUCUGCUCAGGAUCAUCAGACGUUUUUCACUUGCGAGGGUGAUACAGGUAAAACAGAGUACGAGAUCAUGCAAACAGCUUGGAGAGAGCGCAAUCCAGUAGUGAGAAUACAAGCUGCACACAGUGCUCUGGAUCGUAAUCCUGAUUGUGCGCCAGCUUAUAUUCUUCUCGCAGAAGAGGAAGCCACUACCAUUUUGGAAGCGGAGAAGAUUCUGAAGCAAGCUCUGAAAGUGGCUGAGAAUAAUUACAGAAAGUCGCAGAAUACCCAGCACCAGGGCUCUAUAGCCGAAGCGAUACACAGGCGAGACACGAACGUGUUGAUCUACAUCAAGAGAAGAUUAGCGAUGUGCGCGCGAAAGCUGGGAAAGCUGAAGGAGGCGGUGAAAAUGUUUCGCGACCUCACGAAGGAGGUACCGCCGAUCAUGAACGUAUUGAACAUCCACGAGAAUUUGAUCGAGACCCUACUCGAGAUGCAGGCGUACGCGGACGUGCAAGCCGUCCUGGCCAAGUACGACGACAUCAGUCUACCGAAAUCGGCGACCAUCUGCUACACGGCGGCUCUGCUGAAGGCGCGUCUAGUGGCGGACAAGUUUUCGCCCGACAUCGCCAGCAAGCGCGGUCUGACCACCGCUGAAAUGUCGGCGGUGGAGGCGAUUCAUCGGGCCGUGGAAUUCAAUCCUCAUGUACCCAAGUAUCUCCUGGAAAUGAAGCCGCUCAUUCUCCCGCCCGAGCACGUGCUGAAGCGCGGCGACUCCGAGGCGAUCGCGUACGCGUUCUUCCAUUUAGCACACUGGAAGCAGAUAGAAGGCGCUUUGAAUCUGCUCCACUGUACGUGGGAGGGCACGUUCAGGAUGUUGCCGUAUCCGCUCGAGCGCGGCCAUCUCUUCUAUCCAUAUCCCACGUGUACCGAGUGCGCCGAUCGGGAACUCCUGCCGUCGUUUCACGAUGUCAGCGUUUACCCGAAGAAGGAACUGCCCUUCUUCAUCCUCUUCACCGCCGGUCUGUGCUCGUUCACCGCGCUGUUGGCCCUGCUGACUCAUCAGUACCCGGACACUAUGGGCGUAGUUGCUCGUUCCAUGCUUGCCUGGUUCUCCCAUCCAUUUUAUUACAUUCUCGACAAGCUGGAAACUAUAUUGCCAUCUAAUUUAUUGCAGCAGCUCUCUAGAAUUUAAUAAGGCUGUUUCCAUACGAUCUCCAUUAAAAAUUAAGACUUAUUGUGAUAUUCGCAAUAUACUUAUUGCUUCAUUUCUUCUAUUCGUAGUUACCCUUCUAUCGGGUACGUAUAUAAAUGUGUAAACAAGCUCCUAUUUGCAAUUUUCUCAUGACUGAUAUUGUAAUAAUAUCUCGUAGCGGCGAUUGUUUAUCUCGUACCGUAAGUUUAUCGGAUCUAUGAAACGUUUAGAGUGAAUGUAAAAGUAAUAAAGAAUUAGACUUUGUUUUCUCGUUACUUAUUUGCCGAUAGCUUGUCGAGCACUGAAACGCAACGAUAUAAAUUUAUGUGAAACGACAACUGGGUGCUAAAUAAAUUCUCUUUGUUUUAUCGCA